AUGAGCAUAAAACUGUUAAACUUGAUAAUUAUAGCUUUGGUAGCAUCUACAUGCUCAAUAUCAUUUGGAAGUGUACCAGAAAUGACAAAAUUUACAACAAGCUGCAUGAUUGAACAUAGAAUUAGUCCACUGACAGUAAGAAAACUCAAAAAUGGCGACUUAAGUUUAAAUGAUAAGAAAAGUCAGUGUUUCAUCAAAUGCCUCCUCGAAAAAGUCGGUCUCAUUGAAAAUGGGGAGUUCCUUACUAAUAAUUCAAAUAAAAUCAUUGAAAUUUCAAACGGAAACGAACAAAUUCUUAGAAUCCACGAGGUUUGCAAAGAUAUCAAGGGAAACGACGACUGUGAAACUGCAUUUUUAUUGUAUGAAUGCUAUUAUGAUAAUAAAUCAUUGUGA